AAAUUAGAAAAAUAGAUAAAUAAAAAUAAGAAUACCUAUCUCUUGAGAUAAAAUGGUUUUUGUUUAAAAGAGGGAAAAAACACUACCUUCCAUUGAGAUCUGACAAAGGAACAACACAUCAAUGGGGUCGUCCCGUGCCUUGUUGCAUUUGAUUUUUUUCUUCCUUGUGCUUUGUUCCACAUCUUCAUCAUAUAUUUCAAAUGAGGUUCUUGAGCCACACGGGUCCAUUGGUCGUUCCAUUUUGCAACAAAAAUCAACAUGCCCUGUGGACUUUGAGAACAUGAAUUACACAGUUAUAACAAGCCAGUGCAAAGGUCCCAACUACACACCAGAAAGAUGCUGCAACCCGCUCAAGGAACUGGUCUGCCCCAUAAAGGAUCAAUUCAAUGACCUAAAGACUAAUUGUGCCGACACCUUUUUCAGCUACAUAAAUUUGUAUGGAAAGUAUCCACCGGGACUUUUUGCAGCCUUGUGCAAAGAAGGGGAGAAAGGGCUCGACUGCUCGAAUGUGCCUGACCAACCAUCCCGAUCAACACCCAACCAAAGCGGAGCCCUUUCUUCUAGUGCUUAUAGCAUCACUAUGGCCAUGGUCUUUGUUAUUCUACUGAUAAUGAUGUAGAUAUUUUAUGUUUGAUCAACAAAAGUGCUUAUGAGAGCAUGACAAAAUUGAAAAAGCAUUGGAUUAUGUUUAAGGUCAUAUAUUUCGCUUGAUAUAUGUUUCCUUCACACGAUGACAUGAGUGUUUCUUAUUUGAAAUUUCCUACUUCUUUCUAAUUUCAUUUGUGCACUGAGACUGUCGUAUGUAAACCUUUCAUAUGGUAGUAAUACUUG